AGUGGGAGAGCAGAAUAGAUCAAAACAGCAUUAAGGGGAUACCCUGAGGGACUUCUACUAAGGAAGGCGUAUACAUCUCAGCUGGGAGACAAGCAGUCUUCAUAUAAGUCAAUGCAAGGCAGCUGCAGGUAGAGCUUUCCAUUACAUGCAUCUGCAACAUAACUACAGAAUCAAGAGAUCUAGGGAUUUCCUAAUAAGGAUUUCCUAAUAACAUUCUAGCUUUUUCAUUGAAGCUGAACUCUGAUUUCCUAAAUGAAAUAAUAUCAUCAAAAGCUGUAUGUUGCACCCUGAUCCAGUUGGCAUCCAGGAAGUUUUAGGCGCACAGAUGGGAUAAUAAAUACAUCUGGACAGGAUAUUUGCUCUUCAGACUUAAAGAAAAUUCUUCUUUUUGGAUAUCAACACAUUUAUUCAUACACCACAGACAAAAAUACUAUGGCAUAAAACAUGGCUCAGUUUUAUUUUAAAAGAAGUGUAUAUUCUCCUUAUCAAGAUCGGAUCCCUCUCCGUAUUGUACGUGCAGAAUCUGAACUCUCGCCGGCAGAGAAAGCAUACUUGAGUGCAGUGGAAAAGGGCGAUUACGCCAGUGUCAAGCAGGCUCUUGAAGAAGCUGAAAUAUAUUUUAAAAUCAAUAUUAAUUGCAUUGAUCCAUUGGGAAGAACUGCAUUACUUAUUGCCAUUGAAAAUGAGAACCUUGAGCUUAUUGAACUACUGCUAAGUUUUAACGUCUACGUUGGUGAUGCUUUACUGCAUGCCAUAAGGAAAGAGGUUGUCGGGGCAGUUGAACUGCUAUUAAAUCACAAGAAACCAAGUGGAGAAAAGCAGGUCCCACCGAUACUUCUAGAUAAACAAUUCUCCGAAUUUACUCCAGAUAUCACACCAAUAAUUUUGGCUGCUCAUACGAACAAUUAUGAAAUUAUAAAACAUCUUGUGCAAAAGGGUGUCUCAAUACCAAGGCCACAUGAGGUUCGUUGUAAUUGUGUUGAAUGUGUCUCAGGAUCUGAUGUGGACAGUCUACGGCACUCUCGGUCAAGACUUAAUAUCUACAGGGCAUUGGCAAGCCCAUCAUUAAUUGCGCUGUCAAGUGAAGAUCCAUUUCUGACAGCCUUCCAACUGAGCUGGGAACUACAAGAGUUAAGCAAAGUGGAAAAUGAGUUUAAAUCAGAAUACGAAGAACUGUCAAAGCAAUGCAAGCAAUUUGCUAAAGACCUUUUAGAUCAGACAAGGAGUUCAAGAGAAUUAGAAAUUAUUCUUAACUAUAGGGAUGAUGGAGGACUGUUGGAUGAACAGAAUGGCAAUGAUCUCGCCCGAUUAAAACUAGCAAUUAAGUACCAUCAAAAAGAGUUUGUUGCCCAGCCUAACUGUCAACAGCUGCUUGCGUCCCGUUGGUAUGAUGAAUUCCCAGGCUGGAGGAGACGACAUUGGGCAGUAAAGAUGGUGACGUGUGUCAUAAUAGGAUUUCUUUUUCCUGUCUUCUCUGGAUGCUACCUGAUAGCUCCAAAAAGUACACUGGGACUCUUUAUAAGGAAGCCUUUCAUCAAAUUCAUAUGCCACUCUGCAUCAUACUUGACUUUUCUGUUCCUUCUUUUGCUUGCAUCACAAUACACGGAAUAUAAGAUGCGAGAAGGACCCGCACCUACCGUUGUUGAGUGGAUGAUAUUGCCAUGGGUUUUGGGUUUUAUAUGGGGAGAAAUUAAACAGAUGUGGGAUGGAGGAUUCCAAGAUUAUAUCCAUGACUGGUGGAACUUAAUGGAUUUUGUAAUGAAUUCAUUAUAUCUGGCAACGAUAUCAUUAAAAAUUGUUGCAUACGUAAAGUUCCGUGGAGAGAGGGAUCGAAGUGAUUGGGAAACAUGGCACCCAACCUUGGUAGCAGAAGCAGUCUUUGCCAUUGCCAACAUAUUUAGUUCUCUGCGUUUAAUUUCAUUGUUUACCGCCAAUUCUCACCUUGGACCCUUACAAAUAUCUUUAGGAAGAAUGCUUCUGGACAUUUUGAAGUUUCUUUUUAUAUACUGCCUUGUGCUGUUGGCGUUUGCAAAUGGCUUGAAUCAGUUAUACUUCUAUUAUGAAACAAAUGAACCCCUAGAUUGUAAAGGAAUCAGAUGUGAAAAGCAAAAUAAUGCCUUCUCCACUUUAUUUGAAACUUUGCAGUCCUUAUUCUGGUCUAUUUUUGGACUAAUCAAUCUAUACGUGACAAAUGUAAAACCAAAGCACAAAUUUACAGAAUUUGUUGGUGCCACCAUGUUUGGAACCUAUAAUGUGAUUUCUUUAGUGGUUCUCUUAAACAUGUUAAUCGCUAUGAUGAACAACUCUUACCAACUGAUUGCUGAUCAUGCUGAUAUUGAAUGGAAGUUCGCAAGAACAAAGUUGUGGAUGAGUUACUUUGAAGAAGGAGGUACACUUCCCACUCCCUUCAAUAUAAUUCCAAGUCCAAAGUCUUUGUGGUAUUUAUUUAAAUGGUUGAGAAAACAAAUAUGCAAGAAGAACAUGAGACGAAAGCCUGAAAGUUUUGGAACAAUUGGGAGAAGAGCAGCUGAUAAUUUCCGAAGGCAUAAUCAAUAUCAGGAGGUGAUGCGGAACCUUAUUAAGAGAUACGUUGCUGCAAUGAUAAGGGAUGCUAAGACAGAAGAAGGGUUAACGGAAGAGAAUUUUAAAGAACUGAAGCAAGACAUUUCUAGCUUCCGCUUUGAGGUUUUGGGGUUAUUAAAAGGAAACAAGGUUAAUCUCCAAGCUUUAAAAAUGAAUAAUGGUGUGGCAGAUGUUUCAGACACGGAAGAAUCAGGUGUAACUAAAGAGAAGAGAACCAGACCACAAAAAAAAUCAUUUAGCCUUUUUGACAUAACUACUCUGAUUCAUCCCAAAACCGCAGAGAUAGCGACGGAAAGACAUAAUAAUGUAAGCAAUGGGUCUGCCUUGUUGACAACUGAACCUACUAAGGAGAAACAGAGAAAAAUACACUUCAGCAAAGACAUUAAAAGUUUUGGGUUGUUCAAUAGACAUUCCAAAACCUCAUAUUUGCAACAGAGCUCCAACAAAAUAUACUCGGUCUCUGAAGAAGUUCCAAACCAGCAGAUCUCUGAUCCGAGCGAGAAGACCCUUCAUCUAGAAGUCAAAGCUCCAGAAACAAAUUGUGCGUUAGAUGUAAAUACACUUGAAUCAACAAUAACUAAUGAAUUGAAGGAUACCUCAGUAUGUCUACCUUUACAGCCUUCAAGCAGUUGCCAUGGCUUGGUAGCUGAAAAUGAAAUGAACACAAAUGCUACUAAUCACAACGUGGAGCAAGAUACAACUGACAAUGCAGACAGCGCAAACAGUGACUCUCUUGCACAAGAAGAUUCUAUAACAAGACUGUGAUAAUCAAAAUAAGCAGUAGCGUUAUUUGUAUAUAUAAAAUAUAUAUUUUACAUAGCGUUUUUUUUGGAAUGUUCGGAUAUACGUUUGAAAAACCUGAGUAACACUUUGUCUACGGUAAAAUUGUUUCUGUAGAAGAAUGGCAAUAUAACAUAGGAAUAUUAUGUUUCGCACAUGCUCCCCUUACUGUAUAUAGUAAAGAAUAGGAUAUCCAUCUAUUUUUUGCAAUAACACAGACCAUUGUAAAUAAAUAGAAACAUAUACACAAAUACCACAUUUACAAAUCUAAUUCUAUGCAAAGUAAGCAUAUUACAAAAUUGACAUAUAUGUACUAUAUUUCUAAUUUAGGAUAAUGGAAGCAUAUCACUUUGUUGCAUGCAAUAUUCAUCUAAAAAGAGAAGAACUGUUAGAAUUAAUAUGCACACAGUAUUCUGAAUGCGAUCCACUGCUCAGGGAAGUCAAGAAGAUCCUUUUUUCUUUCACAAACUGGCUUUGACAGUACAUU